UGGUAGAAUCAUUUAAAUCAGGCAUUCUACCGCUACCUCUGCAAUAGAAAUUUGGUCAAUCCUAGCCAAAAGUGAAAAUAUUUGGAAGUCUAUAACGCUGAACAUGGCUAUAACAUCCGAUCACAUCCGGGAUAAACUCAAAACCGAGCUUGCGGCGGAGCACGUUGAUGUGGAAGAUAUGUCAGCCAACAGAUGUGCAACGAGUUUUAAAGUGCUUGUGGUGUCUUCCAAGUUUGAGGGCAAACCCCUAUUACAGAGGCAUAGGAUGGUCAACACCUGCUUAGAGGAGGAACUGAAAGACAUCCACGCACUGGAACAGAAAACCCUCACGCCAGAACAGUGGGAGAAAUGCAAGCCUAAAUGAUAGUGCCGCAUAUUCUCAUGGUAAAUCAUGUCUUGGUUCCGAUCCUCAUUGUGUAAAUGCUACCGAAUAUAAUAAAAAGACAGUCCGUGGGCCGAGAA